UUGUUGACAUGUCGUUAGCUCGGGACGUUUAUGAAACCAUGCAGCAGUGAUGGCGGCUCCGCCGAGCUGACGUUGCCAUAGCACCAAAACAAGCUCUUCAUCUCCCUCUUCCACUCAGUAACACACGGGUUUAACCCUGGUCGGGGUCGGGAUGUCUCGGGGUUCGGACAUGGACCUCCCGCCCGACUGGGAGGACGACGAGCGCAUGAACUUUCUGUUCUCAGACUUCAGGGAGAACCGGGACGUGGACUCCACGGACUGGGACAGUAAGAUGGGGUUCUGGACGGGCCUGGUGGUCCGGAGCUGCAGGACCAGGGGGACGGUGAGACUGGACCUGCAGGAGCUGAACCAGACCUUCAGGAGGAAGGACCGGUCCCCGCUGGGGCUGCAGACCGUCCUGACGGACAUGGCCAGGUGUGGACGGAUCCAGAGGGAGUCCGACUUCGCCGCCAGCGUGGACUGUGGCUGGGUGUCCUGGAGCGUGGGCCUGCUGCUGGUCAAGCCGCUCAAGUGGACCUUCUCCACGCUGCUGGGGAGCAGCCGGGUGCCGCUGCACGAGUCCUUCGUGGUCAUUGAACUGGUGAAGGAGAAAGCAGCAGAGUUACUCAGGGUCUACCAGAGCAGUGAACUUUCCAAUUGCUCCAUCGUGUCAUUUCAAGAGCUCAGCGGCCUCUGCUCUGACAUCUGUGCUGACGAGAGCACCCUGUGCAUGGCUCUGCUGCAGCUGCAGAAGGACAAACAAGUCAUCGUGGCCAUGCAUGAGGGAGAGAAGAUUGUUAAAUUUUGUCAGCCUGGACAGAAGUGCGUGUCCCCCCCCGGUGAUGUGGACAUCGGCAUCUACCAGCUGCAGCGCAGUGAGAAACUGCUGGGAGAGAGGGUGAAGAAGCUGGGCCUGGAGGCGGACAGGUGCAAAGAGGAAGCAAGAAGUCUGUUGAAGGACGGGAAGAAGUCACAUGCACUCAGGUGUUUGAGAAGCCGCAAGAGGGUGGAAAAGAGAGCAGACGGCCUGUUCGCCAACCUGGAGACAAUCAGGGGGAUCCUGGACAGAAUAGCCCAGUCCCAGACUGAUAAGAUGGUCAUGCAGGCCUAUCAGGCGGGGGUGGCGGCGCUGAGGCUGUCUCUUAAAGACGUGACUGUGGAGCAUGCGGAGAGUCUUGUGGAUCAAAUACAAGAGUUGUGUGACACACAAGACGACGUGAACCAAACUAUUUCCGGUGCUGUGCCGACUGGAGACGAAGACAUGGAUGAGUUGGAGGACGAGCUGAAGUCUUUGCUGGAUGAGUCGAGGCCAGACUACUCGUCGCGUUUACCUGCAGUCCCAACCAACAGCCUGGACGCGUUCCUCAGUUCCCUGCCUGCGGUUCCCCAGAGCCGCCUGGACCCCACCACGCAGCAGCUGGAAGCAGAGCUGAGUCAGUUAACUCUGUCAGACGCAGACUCUCGUCGGGAGAAAACGUCGCCAGUCAAGAUGUUCAAGCUGACACAGUAACGGCACAAACAACACAGUUCCUGUCUGAAGAUCUUCAGCAGCGUAUCAAGACAAACUCUAUGGUGAUAAAUAUACGGGAAUACAUGUUUAUAGAUUAAAAAAGAAGCAAUAAACUGCUAAAUAAUUGGAUGACUGAAAAAAGAAAAAG